AUGGCUGCCAGAGAGGAGCUGUACAGCAAAGUCAUCCCCAGGCGGAACCGCCAGCCCCGCGCCGGGACCAUCAAACAUGGCUCAUCGCUGGAGAUCCUGCUCUCCAUGGGCUUCCCCAAGGCACGGGCACAAAAAGCGCUGGCAUCCACAGGUGGAAGGAGUGUUCAAGCAGCAUGCGACUGGCUCUUCUCCCACGUGGGUGACCCGUUCCUGGAUGACACCCUGCCCCGGGAGUACGUCCUGUACCUGCGCCCCACCGGGCCCCUGGCGCAAAAGCUCUCGGAGUUCUGGCAGCAGUCAAAGCAGAUCUGUGGCAAGAACAAAGCUCACAACAUCUUCCCACACAUCACCCUUUGCCAGUUCUUCAUGUGCGAGGACAGCAAGGUGGAUGCUCUCACGGAAGCCCUGCAGGCCACGGUGAUGCGCUGGAAAUGCAAAUUCCCUGCCCCGCUGCCCCUGGAGCUCUACACCUCCUCCAACUUCAUCGGGCUCUUCGUCAAGGAGGAAAGCGCUGAGGUGCUCAAGAAGUUCGCAGCAGACUUCGCUGCAGAGGCGGCUUCCAAAGCAGAUGUCCACGUGGAGCCCCACAAGAAGCAGCUCCACGUGACCCUGGCCUAUCACUUCCAGAGCAGCCACCUGCCCACGCUGGAGAAGCUGGCCCAGAGCAUCGAUGUCAAGCUGGGCUGUGACUGGGUGGCCGCGAUCUUCUCCCGGGACAUUCGCUUCGUCAACCACGAGACUCUGCAAGUGAUCUACCCCUACACCCCCCAGAACGACGACGAGCUGGAGCUGGUCCCAGGGGAUUUCAUUUUCAUGUCCCCAGUGGAGCAGACCAGCACGAGUGAGGGUUGGAUUUAUGGCAUUUCCCUUGCCACUGGCUGCUCGGGGCUGCUCCCUGAGAACUACAUCACCAAGGCGGAUGAAUGUGGCACCUGGGUGUUCCACGGGUCCUACUCCAUUCUGAACACCACAUCUUCCCCAUCCUUUCAAGCCUUUGCUGAUGGAGCUCUGGAGAGGAGGCAGCAGGAGGACCAAGGGCCAGGGGACGCUGGGCCGCUCACCAUCAUCUGCCAGAACGUGCAGCCCCUGAGGAUAAGCAGCCAGCCAGGCCCUCAGAAGCGCUGCCUGUUCGUCUGCAGGCACGGCGAGAGGAUGGAUGUGGUUUUUGGGAAGUACUGGCUGUCCCAGUGCUUCGAUGCCAAAGGCAGGUACAUGCGCAGUAACCUGAAUAUGCCUCACAACUUACCUCAGAGGAGUGGUGGUUUCAGGGAUUACGAAAAAGACGCUCCCAUCACCGUGCUGGGCUGCACCCAGGCGAGGCUCGUGGGUGAAGCUUUGCUAGAAACAAACACCAUUGUAGACUACAUCUACAGCUCCCCGUCCCUGCGGUGUGUCCAGACAGCUCACAACAUCCUGAAAGGUAUGCAACAGGAGAACAACCUGAAAAUCCGGAUAGAGCCAGGCCUGUUUGAGUGGACCAAGUGGGUGUCUGGGAGCACCCUGCCAGCCUGGAUCCCCCCUGUGGAUUUAGCUGCAGCUACUCUGAGCGUUGAUACAACCUACAGACCUCAUAUUCCUGUCAGCAAGUUGGUGGUUUCUGAGUCUUACGAUACCUACAUAAGCAGAAGCUACCAAGUCACAAAGGAGAUCAUCAGUGAAUGUAAAGGCAAAGGAAAUAACAUCCUGAUAGUGGCUCAUGCAUCCUCCCUGGAGGCCUGUACCUGCCAGCUCCAAGGGCUCUCGCCUCAGAACUCCAAGGAUUUUGUACAGAUGGUCCGAAAGAUUCCCUACCUGGGGUUUUGCUCCUGCGAAGAACUGGGGGACACUGGUGUUUGGCAGCUCACAGACCCUCCCAUCCUCCCUCUCACACAUGGACCAACUGGAGGCUUUAACUGGAGAGAAACCCUCCUGCAGGAGUAGGGAAAACCCCAGCAAGGACAGCCCAUGGCCUUUCCCAGCGUUGGAGAAUGUCUCUUCUUCCUUGUGUUUUAUUGGCAGCGGGAAAAAAAAACCCUCUUCAUCUGUCCAGUGGCUCACUCAAAGCACAUCUCACACAGCCACAGCCGUGCAGAAACAAAAUUUACAACAUUUACAACAAAAGGGGCUGAUUUGAGGGGGGAAAAAGUUAUUAAAAUACAGCUUGAGGCUCUUGCACAGCCUCGAGGGUUGGUUUCCCCACCUUGAAGGGAGCUCUGGUGACACUUUCACUGCACCAUGGUAGAAACACUGAGCCCUGUGUCAGGCAGGAUGCUGGGCUUGUUUUCUCACUGCUAUUUUUGCAAAGUGUCUGCAGGCUUGUUCAGCACCUCGUGCUCGCUCUGCUCCCAGCCCCCAAAACCUCAGAGCCUUCCAGAAAAAUAAAAACGCGUCCCCAAGGCUGGAAAUGAGUCCAGCAUUGCCUCUGCAGGCUGCACCAGGGUAUUCCUCCCCUCUGAAUGAGCAGACAGAGGUGGGAGCGCUCCAGAAUGUGUUGGAUAUUGUGUGGAGAUUGGUUGAUGUUGAGGAAAAUCUCCAAAUCAGAGGAAAAUUCCGAAUUUCACAUCAGUUACAGGUGAAGUUUGAGCAUCAAAAGUCAGUGCAACAAAAGCUGAGAGGAAUUUCUUUGAAGUGGAGAUAAAAGAAGCCUUUUCCAACCAAACCUGAGGGAUUUAAGAAGUUCAGAUUUGGGUUUUUAUUCCCUUACUUUGGUUAUUGAAAUCCACCUGUGUGCCCAGACACAGCCUAAAAGGUUUGUGCUGUUGAAAUUCCCUUCAAAAGGCUUUGGAAAAGGGGUUUCCCCUUUUAUACUGGGAUUUUUGUGCUGGCCAUUCACCCAGGAGUGGCUCUGUGUCCCUUUGGCAGCCCUGGUGAGAUUGUGCAGCCAGCAGGUUGAUCCAGGAAUGAUGGGAUGAAAAAGCUGCUGGAAUUCAGCUGGAAUUCUGAGUGCUUUGCUUCCUUACUGCCAUCUGUCUAAAAAAACCCAGAACACUUCAAUUUAGGAACAACAUUUGAUGCUGUUUAUCCAGGGAGGGAAGGGUUGGGAUCUGGGGAAAGUGGGAGAGGAGGGUUCCCAUCUCUAUCAGGAUGUUUGGGAUCACGAGGGGGAUCCUCUUGGUGCCAGAGCCUGCAGGAUGCUCAAAGCAGCUGCACCCCAAAAUACACCACAGUGGGUAUUGAUAACAAGAAGUGGCGUCAGAGCAGGGAUUUUUAGGAUCAGAAUUACCUAAAAUUAUCAGCCUUGGGUCAAAAAGUAGCUGCAGGCACUUCAGCAGUGCAGGCUUGCUGUCAGCAGCUACUUAAAACUGGGUUUAAAUGGGAUGGAAGAGAUUUAGGCACACUCCUUUCUUGGUUUGGGCGCAAGUCUGAGUGUUCCCACAAACAGAACCAUCCCAGAAUGGUUUGGGUUUGGAAAAGACAUGAAAGCUCAUCCAGUUCCAUGGGACAGAGCAGGCUGGACAUUUCCAGGGAUGGGGCAGCCACAGCUGCUCUGGGCAACAAAUGCAAAGCACCAAACACUAAAACAAAAAGCAUCAACCAGGGCACGCUGAGGUGGGGCAGGAUUUCAUUUCUGAUCUCUGAAAUCCUUGCCCAGCUCUGCUCAACGCCCUCAUUUGAAAUGGGUGAGAGGCACAGAAGUCAGCCCUGACCAGAUUUGAUGUUUAUUAACCAUAGAAAAAUCAACUUUUGGCUGGUGUUUUGGUGGAUUUUCCCCUUGGGCAGGGCUGGUGCUGCCACAACAACCAAGGAGUGAGAAACUGCAAUUCCCUCUUCCCAAAAGAGGCCAAACAAUUGGGAUGGGGCAAAUCCAAAGGGGCUGAGCUCAGUUCUGAGCUCUCCAGGGAGAGCAGAGCACAUCCUGUCUGUAUUCACAGAAUCCCAGAUAUUCCCACAAUCCAUAGGAAUAUUCCAUUAUUUCUACCUUUAGGACUGUGUAACACACCUUAGGCCACUCGUAGGUGCUUUAUUAGAGCAGGGAUGGAACUGAAAAGUCAGGGAGAAAAUUUAGGACAGGGCAGGGGAAAAAAAAAAAAACACCAAAAAACCUGCUCCUGUGUGGUUUUAUCACUGUCAGAUUAAUUUUUAAUUGCCAUUUAAACUAUGUUUUGGCUGUGUACAGACAUUCUGAAGAGCGUUUCUGGCUUGUUUUCCUCCAUGAAAAAAAAAAUUAAAAAAAAAAAAGAAUUAAAUUAAAUAUUUGACAAUCAAACACACACACAAAAAAAUUUUGGUUGCUGAGGCGUGUGAAUUCUCCAGAUUUUUUGUUUCAUGCCAGCAAGGUGCAAAUUGAGGCAAGAAGUAUUGUUAUAGUCUAAUAUUUGUUGCCUGUAGAAAGAGUGGAGGCUGCUCAGAUCCUGCUGGAGUUAAACACAUUAAACAUGAAACAGAGAGGGGGCAAAAGCUGAGUGCACAAUUUGAGUGGUGUUAGCUGCUCUUUGAUAUAGUAAUAGAGAAAAAAAUGUUCUGGUUGAGGAGGUAGAUAUUAAAAUACUCUUCUUUAAAUAUAUAUAUAUAUAUAUUUUUGGAUGUUUGGGAAAUAUUUUGACAAUUGUAGUAUUGUCUCGAAUUCAGUGUCAAGAAUCACAGGGAGAAAAAUCUUAUUUUCUUCAGAAUUUUCAGUUUUCUUGGGGGUUUUGUGUUGAGCAGUCUCGUGUUGAAAAGGCUUUUUGGGGGGGAAGGAAAGAGAAAAAAGUUGUUCCAUUUAAAUUUGUAAUUGAGAGGUUAAGAAAACAAAAGGAUUUCACCCCACUGCUGCUCAUUCCUGUGGAUUUAAUGUCUCUCCAGUGUUUUGUCCCAGAACAUUAAACCUGAUCUCUCCAAAAUCUUUUCCUUCACUGUGAGCUGUGGAAGACCCCAAGUUUUAUUCUAACAGCUCUUCCCAGGUUUUUCCUUCUCUCCACAAUUAAGGAAAAAAGCUGCAAACCUGCCAAGAAUAAAUUGUUUAUUUUCAUCAUUCGCAAUGUAUGGCUUAGAAAAAGACAAGAAUUAAAUUAGCAUUACACUCAAAUCAACAGAGCUUUGCCUUUUUAUGCAAAAUGAGGAUCCAGACCGUGAUAACUUCAGUAAAAAAUUGGUAUUUCCCUUUUCACUCGGACUGAGCAGUUUCAGCCAGAAGCUGGCUGAGGCCAGGAGACUCCUUCUGCUAUUAAAUUCUAGUGAAUUUAAUAAGAUUCGUCAUUUUUAUCCCUAAAUAAUGGCUUGGGUUUGUGGUUUGGGUUUGUUUCUUUAAAAAGAAGCACAAAGGAAACGAUUUUGAAGUCACAAAUAGGAGUGCUUGGGAUGGUGAUAAAUGAACAAAAGAAAUGUCAUUAAGGGUGGCUGGGAUUGGCUGCUAAAUCACUUCUUGCUGCUCCUCACUUCCUCAAAUUUGCUCCCCAGGGAAUGUUCAUGACCCACAACAGAAAAUACUCAGCCAGUUCCUUUAUUGUGUCCCAUUAAAAUGUAUUUUCUGAACGUAUGAAAUGUAUUUUCUUUCUCUCCAUGACAUCUCUUCAGAUUUGAUGUUUUCAACAGCUCCUUUUUUUGUUGUUGUUGUUGUUGUUUCAUUUUCAACCUGUUGUAUCAUUCUGUUUAUAAUGGUUUUUGUUUUUUAUUUAGUGUGAGCAGAUUGUAUUUAUUUGAGAAGAAAAAAAAAAUGUUUGCUGUUUAAAAAAACCCAAUAAUUGUAUUGCCAAAAAUAGCUGUAAUUACCCGUGACAUCUGUAUUUUUUUAUUUUGGGAGUGGGGCAGGCAGGGGGGUGGGUGGUUGUUUUUAAUCCCAGUUUUGAGUGCUAACAACUGUUAAAACAACCACUGCAUUUUA